AUGUUGGGGCUAUUUAAGAAUAUUGUCAAGAAAAACAAAUCCCAUCAGUGUGUUGAUCAGUCCACUGGUGAGCCAGCCAAGCCCGAAUCUGAGUGUUUACCGCAGAUCCCUCCCGAAUAUGCACAAUUUUACCAUGAAUUGCCCACCAGAUACAUUCUACAGGAGAAGAUCGGUGAGGGGGCCUUUUCCAUCGUUCUUAGAGCGUACGAUACGGAAACCAGACAGCCAAUUGCCAUCAAAAUCAUCGACAAGACAACAAUGAGACCGGAACAAAUCAAUUCUGUUUUGAAAGAGAUCGCCAUCAUGUCCCGACUUGACAAUCCAUACAUCGCCAAACUGUACGGCCAUUUGAACUCGUCCGCCUCCAAAUAUUGUUUCCUUUAUCUCGAAUACAUCCCUGGUGGAGAAAUCUUUAAUCAGAUCAUCAAAUACACCUAUUUCAGCGAGGAUUUAUCACGACACGUGAUCAGACAGGUGGCCCUGGCAGUCAAGUAUUUGCACUCCAACGGCAUUGUUCAUCGGGACAUCAAGCCGGAAAACCUGCUAUUUGUGCCCAACGAGUUCGUCCCCCGGUCCAAAGCGGAACAGAAGAGUGCCAGACGUCGCUCUGAUGACGACAACAAGCUGGAUGAGGGCAGGUUUGUGCCGAACUACGGCGCGGCAGGGAUUGGAACGGUCAAGCUCGCAGACUUUGGACUGUCCACCGUGUUGUACAACGAGUCCAUGCAGGCCAAGACUCCAUGCGGUACCGUUGGCUACACUUCGCCUGAACAGCAUCUGAAUCUCGGAUACACCAAGAAGGUCGACAUGUGGGCCAUCGGCUGUGUUUUGUACACAUUGGUGGUCGGUUUCCCGCCGUUCUAUUCGGCCACUCAGGAUUCCAAAGACAUCAGCACCAAAGUUUCCCGAGGAGACUACAAGUUUCUGAGUCCGUGGUUCGACGAGGUGUCGGACGAUUGCAAACGGCUCAUUGCGAACUUGUUGACGGUCGACCCGGAGGUGCGCUACUCCAUCGACCAGCUUCUGAAGGAUCCCUGGAUGGCCAAAGGGUACGAGCACGAACCUGUUGCAAACACAUGUACCGAGACUGUUCCUGAAACCACAUUCGAUAAACAAAUAUACAUGAAACUGAACCGGACCGCAGACAAUCUUGCGGACGGGCUGUUGACUCCUCGCGCAGAGGCCAUUCGUUUGGUUUUUGACACGGCGAACGUGGUGCAAAGAGAGAGCACUCCGCCUGUUCCUCAGACGCGAAUGGGAAACCUGGCCAUUGUGGAAGAAAACGAGCCCAUGGACGUGUUGGAGCUGUGUCGCCAUCAGUCAUCGGACUCGUCCGAGUCUGACGAGCGGGAGGUGGACGACUCCGACGACGAGUCCGAGUUUGAGGACUCGGAUCUCAAUCCGAAGCCAUAUUCCAAGUUCUCGAGUUCUCCGUCGUACAAGGAGAAACCCACGACCACCACGCGUGUGCGCGACACCCAGCACCAGAUCCACCACCUGGGCGGCGGGUCCACCGACACAGCGGACAGCGCAACGGUCAACGAGGAGUCGUCGAUCCUGACCUCGGAAAUAGAAGACUUCAACACAGGCACCAAACGCAAGUCCAGCGUCUCGUUCCAGGUGAAGUCUGGACGGUGCGGCUUUGCAGCCACCGACUUGCACACCUCGUCCAUUUCUUCUGGAGCCACCACGGAGCAUGUGGCACACGUCCCAAAACAGUAUCCGCGUACACCUCAGACCAGCACGUUCGCACAGCUGGAAGAGGACGACGAGAUCGUUCACCAGGAGGUUGCAGCUUUGAGCGUGGAGGAUACCACGCCUGUGGAGGCCAAACGGCCAUCGCCAACAAAGAAAUACACCGCGUCCGCGGACCAGGGUCCUAUUUUUGACGGGACUUUGAGCAACAGUUUUGACUUGAAGCUGAACAACUCCAAGCUUCUUGAACGACGCAAGGUCAAGGCUUCUUUGGAGCCGGCCACCUAG